CAAGCUGAAGAUCAGCUUGGUAUUAAGUCUACAAAUGACUUAUUUGAGAAAAUUGAAAAAUUAUACAAGGACAAACACUCUAUCGCAGACACACCAUUGUUGCAAAUACACUUCUGCAUAAUGCCAUCUGUUGCAUUGCAAAGAAGCGGCUUGAUCCUAUCCUCCAACGGGCUCGAAUAUAUUACACUGACAGAAUCGAUCUUGGAAGCUACUCAAAAUUUUACUACCACUAAAAAUAUUGAAGCAGUCUAUAACUACCUCGGUAUGAACCACGAAAUUUCCUCUGAGAUCAUGGAAAAGUACUACCUUCCUGCUCGACAGCAAGGCAAACGAGUUACAGUUAAAAAUGGCAUACAAAACCCACAG